CCCGGCCCGCUGGGCUCGCUGCUGAGCCGGCUGCCCCUGGCGCCGUCCCCGCGGCGACGGACCGCCAGCCAGUGCAAACCGGAGCCGCCGCUGCUGCGCACCAGCAAGCGGACCAUCUACACGGCCGGGCGGCCGCCCUGGUACAGCGAGACCGGCGCGCCCGUGGACGAGGCCUUCGUCAUCGGCCUGUGCGGCGGCAGCGCCUCGGGCAAGACGACGGUGGCAACGCGGAUCAUAGAGGCGCUGGAUGUGCCCUGGGUUGUGCUGCUCUCCAUGGACUCCUUCUACAAGGUGCUGGAUGAGGGGCAGCAGGCGCUGGCAGCCCGCAGUGACUACAACUUCGACCACCCUGACGCCUUCGACUUCGAGCUGCUCGUCAGCGUCCUCCGCAAGCUCAAGAAGGGCAAGAGCGUGAAAGUGCCGGUCUACGACUUCACCACACACAGCCGCCGCCGCGAGUGGAAAACGGUGUAUGGCGCCAAUGUCAUCGUGUUUGAAGGGAUACUGGCUUUUGCGAACAAGGAGUUGCUGAAGCUCCUGGACAUGAAAGUGUUUGUGGACACGGACUCUGACAUCCGGCUCGUGCGGCGGCUGCAACGUGACAUCAUGGAACGUGGACGUGACAUCGUGGGUGUCAUCAAGCAAUACAACAAGUUUGUGAAGCCAGCCUUCGAGCAGUACAUUGAGCCCACCGUGCAGGUCGCUGACAUCGUGGUGCCCAGAGGUGGGGAAAACUUUGUGGCCCUGGACCUCAUUGUGCAGCACGUGCACAGCCAGCUGGAGAAGCGCGAGAUCACUGUCAGGGCAGCUCUGGCUUCUGCCCACCAAGGGCAACCCCUGCCGAAGACGCUGAGUGUCCUGGAGAACACACCGCAGGUGCGAGGCAUGCACACCAUCAUAAGGAACAAGGACACGACCAGGGACGAAUUCAUCUUCUACUCCAAGCGCCUGAUGAGGCUGUUGAUUGAACAUGCCCUCUCCUUCCUGCCACUGAAGUCGGUCACUGUGGAGACUCCCCAGGGGACAAUGUACGAAGGAAAGCGGUUCCACAGGCAGAGGAUCACAGGCGUGUCCAUCCUGCGAGCAGGGGAGACCAUGGAGCAGGCUCUUACUGCUGUGUGCAAGGACAUCCGCCUGGGCAAGAUCCUGAUCCAGACCAACCACGACACAGGGGAGCCCGAGCUCCACUACCUGCGCCUUCCCAAGGAGAUCAGUGAGGACUACGUCAUCCUCAUGGACAGCACUGUGUCCACGGGAGCCGCGGCCAUGAUGGCAGUGCGCGUCCUGCUGGAUCACGACGUGCAGGAGGACAGGAUCUUCCUGCUCUCACUGCUGAUGGCGGAGAUGGGGGUGCACUCCGUGGCCUAUGCCUUUCCCCGUGUCCGCAUCAUCACCACUGCCGUGGACAAGAGGAUCAAUGAGGAGUUCCACAUCAUCCCGGGCAUCGGUAACUUUGGGGACAGAUACUUCGGCACUGACGGCCCCUCUGCCUGGUGUGAGAGCGACGGAAUGGACUGCUGAGCUGGCUGGCCACAAGGCCACCAGCCAGGCUGGCUACAGGGCCGGCCCCCUGCCCCCAGGAGGGGCUCUGAGCUGCCAGUCUGUGCCCACUUCCCCGCAGCAUGGCGCUGCCAGCCCCCGGCUCUCCUGCCCCGCAGGAUGAGCCCCUCGCUGCCAGCCUCUCCCUCUGCCCCACAGGAGCAGCCCCUUGCGGGCCUGAUCCUCCCCUCCGAGAAGGAAGGGAGGGAUGGCACCUCCUCGGCCCGUGGGGAGUGGGGGGGUGCUCCUCACCUCUGGAGACCUGCCUCUGCACCCCAGGCCGGCCCUGCCUGCGGGAGGGAGAGGUGGUCUCCCUGCGGCCUGUGCCAGAUGGGCUGGUCACCCUCUUCCCUGGGGAGGAGGGUGAUGGGGUCUGGUCCCCUUAAGGCUUCCUCUGGGCCCUGGCUGGGUGCCGGGCAAGCUCCCUUGCUGGAAUCUGUAUUUAUUUGUAUUUAUUUUUGAGCAGCUGCCUACCUUGGCUCUCCUGCGGGGCAGGCCAGCUACUUGAAAAACAUCAGGGAUUGGGGAUGUCCUCAAGGAACCACCUUGUCCCCACUGAUCCGACACUCCAUUGCCUCCCUGUCCCCGGCCAGCCCCAUGCAGGCUCUGGGCUGGCUGGUGGCGCCAGGAGGGCAGGGGCUGCCUUCGGUCCCCGCGCCGGUGGGAGGGUUUGAUAUUCAAACGUUCUCCCGGUGGUGUCCCAGCCCCUGGGACCAUCCUGGAGCCUGGCGUCCUAGGGGCGGUGAGGGGGGGCUGGUGGGGUGGUGGUCUGACCAGCCCCAGCCACCACCGCCCAUGUUGCUCAGGUUCUUCUUUGAGAGGGCAGCAGUGGCCUCGCCUCAAGCAGGA